GCGCCAGCGUCACUUAGUACUGUCCCGGCAAGGUCGCUAGGUCGCGAAGACUACGCAUCAUUGUCCGGUUGAUCUGUACGGCUCGGUCUCAUUUGUUCUAAGCGAAGAGGUCGAGAACAUGUCGGGGUUCACACCAGACGAAAAACUACGGCUGGAGCAGCUGCGUGUCCUGAGGAGGCAGUGGCUGAAGGACCAAGAGCUGAGCCCCCGGGAGCCCGUACUGCCCCCGCAGAAGUCCUGGUUCGGUUUCUGGGAUAGUUUCCAGCAGAGCCAAUCCAUCUGGAAGAGAUUUACUGUAAAAGCAUGCCGAAAUGGAAUGUUCUUUUUUACUAAUUUCCUUAUACCAGCCUGGAUUAUUCACUAUUAUGUCAAAUACCAUGUACAAACAAGGCCAUAUGGCAUCGUUGAAAAGAAACCUAGAAUAUUUCCAGGUGAUAAAAUUCUAGAGACUGGAGAAGUGAUUCCACCAUUGAAAGCUGAUGAUAUACAUGAUUAUCAUUAAAAACAGUUCUUAAAUAUUCCAGAAACUUAUGGAUCCAUCUUUUGUUUCUGUACCAGUAUAUCUACUGAAAAUUUUUUCUGUAAAAGCAACCGAAUAAAAUUUACUCUUUAAAUAA